AUGGCGCUCAAUGCUGCCUCACACAAUGUCGCCGGCGAGAAGACUGGCCCCGUCACCGCUGCGCCGCCUGCCGUCAGUGACGAGACCAAGAAGGAGCUUCUCGAGGCUGCCAGCACAGACGGCACCGGCCAGUCUGCGCCCGGACGUGAGAACGAGAAGGGCGUAGAGAAGAAGGAGAAGACCGCGAAGGAGCUUGAGAAGGAGCGCAAAAAGGCCGAGAAAGACGCUAAGUUCAAGGCGAAGAAGGCUGCUCAAGGCGCCGCUCCUGCUAAAGAGGGUGGCGCUAAGAAAGAAAAGAAGAAGGGCAAGGAAGAGGAAGUCCUGCCAGAGUACAAGGAAGAGACACCCAAGGGCGAGAAGAAGCGUCUUAGGGGCCUGGAGGAUCCGUUCACAAAGGCCUACAUUCCCCAAGUCGUUGAGUCAGCAUGGUACGACUGGUGGGAGAAGGAGGGCUUUUUCAAGCCUGAGCUCCAGGCCGAUGGUACUGUCAAGAGCGCCGGCAACUUCGUCAUCCCUAUUCCUCCUCCCAACGUUACCGGCAAGCUCCACUGUGGGCACGCCCUGGCCACAUCGCUGCAGGACGUUCUGAUCAGAUGGCACCGCAUGCGCGGCUUCACCACACUCUACCUGCCUGGAUGCGAUCACGCAGGUAUUGCUACACAGAGUGUUGUCGAGAAGAUGCUCUGGAGGCGCGAGCAGAAGACAAGAUAUGACCUUGGUCGCCCGAAGUUCCUGGAGCGCACACACGAGUGGAAGGAGGAGUACCACACCCAUCUCGUACACUGCCUGAAGCGCAUGGGAGGGUCGUUUGAUUGGACACGCGAGGCCUUCACCAUGGACAGCAACCUGUCUGCGGCCGUGACAGACAGUUUCGUCAAGAUGCACGAGGACGGUCUCAUCUACAGGUCGAAUAGGCUUGUCAACUGGUGCACAAAGCUCAACACCGCGCUGUCAGCACUUGAGGUUGACAACAAGGAUCUUGCCGGCAGGACGUUGCUCACCGUUCCCGGCUAUGAGCGCAAGGUCGAGUUUGGUGUCUUGACUCACUUCAAAUACCAGAUCGAGGGCAGUGAUCAGACCGUCGAGGUCGCUACAACCCGUGUCGAGACUAUGCUCGGUGACUCUGGUAUCGCCGUCCACCCCAAUGAUGAGCGCUACAAGGACCUGGUGGGCAAGAAGGCCAAGCACCCCUUCCUCGACCGUCUCCUGCCCAUCGUUGCCGAUGAAUACGUCGACCCCGAGUUCGGUACUGGUGCCGUCAAGCUGACACCGGCACACGACCCCAACGAUUUCAACCUCGGAAAGAAGCACAACCUUGAGUUCAUCAACAUCUUGAACGACGACGGUACGCUCAACGGUAACUGCGGCGACUUUGUAGGCCAGAAACGGUUCGACGCGCGUUACACUGUUGUAGAGGCGCUUGAGAAGGCUGGACUGUUCGUCAAGAAGACCGACAACCCGAUGAAGGUCCCCAUCUGCUCGAGAUCCGGAGACGUCAUCGAGCCAAUCAUGAAGCCUCAGUGGUGGAUGAAGAUGGCCGAAUUGGCCAAGCCUGCCAUCGAGGCUGUCGAGAACGGCGACAUCAAGAUUCGUCCCGAGAGUUCCAAGAAGACCUACAUGCACUGGAUGAACAACAUCCAGGACUGGUGUUUGUCGCGUCAGCUCUGGUGGGGCCACCAGAUCCCCGCUUACUACGUCAAGAUUGAGGGCGGCAGCGGUGACCGCACCGACAACGAGCUCUGGGUGACUGGUCGCACAGAAGAGGAGGCCAACAAGAAGGCCGCGGAGAAGUUCCAGGGCAAGAAGUUCACACUCGAGCGCGACGAGGACGUUCUUGACACAUGGUAUUCUUCCGGUCUCUGGCCCUUCAGCACGCUCGGCUGGCCCAAUGAAGACUCUGUCGAUCUCAAGAACCUCUUCCCCACAUCCGUUCUCGAGACUGGUUGGGAUAUCCUGUUCUUCUGGGUUGCUCGCAUGAUCAUGCUUUCCCUCCGCCUGACAGGGAAGGUUCCCUUUAAAGAAGUCUACUGCCACUCGCUUAUCCGUGACUCUGAGGGCAGGAAGAUGUCUAAGUCCCUGGGUAACGUCAUCGACCCUGUCGACAUCAUGGAUGGUAUCACCCUCGACAAGCUGCACGAGCAGCUGAAGGUUGGUAACUUGGAUCCUAAGGAGCUCAAGACCGCCGAGAAGUACCAGAAGACUUCGUUUCCUCAGGGAAUUCCCGAGUGCGGCGCCGAUGCUCUGCGCAUGGCCCUUGUCGGCUACACAACGGGUGGUGGUGAUAUUUCCUUCGAUGUCUCCGUCAUCCACGGUUACAGGAGGUUUUGUAACAAGAUCUACCAGGCCACCAAGUAUGUCCUUGGUCGUCUUGGUGACUUCCAGCCUCGUGCACGGAUCGAGAAGGGCGGCAACGAGUCGCUUCCCGAGCGCUGGAUCUUACACAAGCUCACCACCUCCUCGAAAAAGAUUAACGCACAUCUCGAGGCUCGCGAGUUCUCGCUUUCCACACAGGUUGCCUACAGGUACUUCUACGAGUUCCUGUGCGACACUUACAUCGAGAACAGCAAGGCUAUCUUCGACAAUGGUACCGAGGCGGAGAAGGAGAGCGCCAAACAGACUCUUUACACAGCCAUCGAGGGCGGUCUGACCAUGAUUCACCCCUUCAUGCCCUUCUUGACAGAAGAGCUAUGGCAGCGUCUGCCCCGCAGGCAAGAUGACAAGACACCAUCGAUCACCGUCGCCUCGUUCCCGCAAUACAAUGAGUCCUUCAAAGAUGAGGCUGCCGAGGCCGAAUACGAGCUUCUCGUCGAUGUCUCGGGUGCUCUGCGCUCCCUCACCGCCGAGUACGGCUUCAAGGACAACGGCAAGACAUUCAUCCAGCCUCUCGACGACGCCACACACAAGUCGCUCCAGGCCUCCACAUCGCUGCCCUCCAUCCGCUCGCUUGCUGGCAAGACCGUCUCCGAGAUCACUAUUCUCUCUCCCUCCGAUGCUACGCCUUCCGGCUGCGCCGUUUACACCAUCGGUAGUUCCGCAACCGCAUUCUUGGACGUCAAGGGCCGCAUUGAGGUCGACAAGGAGAUCACCAAGGCACAGGACAGGCUCAAGAAGGCGAAUGAGACAAUUGAGAAGCAGAAGAAGAUCAUGGAUGCUGACUGGGAGGAGAAGGUCUCUGAUGUUGUCAAGGAGCAGGAGAAGGAGAAGCUUAGGGCAGCGGAGAUCGAGGGUAAUAACUGGCAGGCUAGCAUUGAGCAGUUUGAGAAGCUCAAGUUUUCUGAUUAA